AGAGCAUAGCUGAGAUUCAUUUUUCUUUUUUUAUCUCACAAUUUUGUAUAGCAAUGCAGGAGAGCCAUAUUUUACAGUUGAUUAGUUAGAAGCUAAGUGAGGUUUAGCACCACAAAGAUUGGUGCUUUUUGACUCACAUAGACUAAUUCAAAAAAUACAUUUACCACAUUCGUUAAAAUUUCUUCAGUUAUCAGUUGGCCUGCGAUAUGCCCUAGACUAGUGUAGCUAUGAGUAUCUACAACUUUAUUUAUUCAUUUAUUGCUAUUAACGAUAUAAUAUUAGAUCGAAUUAUCUACAACUUUGUACCAGAUGGAAUUAUCUACAAGGUGACCUUAUAAAAAUCGAAUUCCAUGAAAAUGCCAAAUUAUGGGAUUUUAAUAUUUUUUGUUCUUUUACCUUAUUUUUUCGUGAAGUGUUGAACGAAAAGCAUUAUGCUUGAUUUGGGGUAUAUGCGUGAAAAAGGAUCUUAGACUAAGUGAAUUUUGACACUAACAAUGCAUAAAAAUGCUGUAAACUAGUCCAGCUCGAUAGAUAAACAUACAAAAAACUUCAACAAUAAGCAUAUACUUAAAUAUUUUACAAAAAAAAAAAUAUAUAAAAAAUUAAUUUAGGCAGCUAUACAAAGGCCACCCUUAAUGAUUAAAGCACAAAUUUUCUCAUGAAAAAAAAAAGGCAUUAAAAACCUUGAAGUACUCUUAUCUUUAUGGCUGCUACUGGUGGAAAUAUUUUGGGGGAUGAAGAGAGCCAGCUUCCUUUUGGAAGUAGUAAUAAAAUUAAAGUUAUUUCUUUUACACAAAAGUAAGUAUCAAUUUUUUUUUGGUCGUCCCUCACCACUCUAUAAUAAGCCUACGAGUAUAUAUAUUUUUGGUUUGAUAUAUUUCCCCUUUGUUCUCAUUUAUAUGUAUGGCGUUUGGCUUUUUCUUAACAGCUUAGAUGACGAAAAGAAGAAGUAUACUUCACUCACAAUAGCAGAAAGGUUGGGCUUGCCUGACUUCUUCACUUUGGAUGUCUGGCGAGCAUCGGUUGGAGAGCUUUUAGGCUCUGCGGUUCUUGUUUUUAUGUUGGACACCAUAGUGAUUUCAACCCUCGAAAGUGAUGUCAAAAUGCCAAAUUUAAUAAUGUCAAUUCUCAUAGCAAUUACACUCACCAUUUUAAUCCUUGCUGUUUUUCCAGUGUCUGGAGGCCACAUUAGCCCUGUAAUUACCUUCUCCUCUGCACUUGUUGGACUAAUAUCAAUGUCACGAGCCAUAAUUUACGUAGUUGCACAAUGUGUUGGUGCUAUUUUAGGUGCCCUAGCACUCAAAGCUGUGGUAAGUAGUACCAUUGAACACAGAUUCUCUCUUGGUGGUUGUACCAUUACAGUAAUUACACCAGGGCCCAAUGGGCCAGUCACUGUGGGCCUAGACAUAGCCCAAGCAUUUUGGCUUGAGUUUUUGUGUACAUUUGCUUUGCUUUUUGGGUCACUUUGGAUGGCCUAUGAUCAUCGUCAGUCCAAGGCACUUGGGCUCAUUACUGUGAUGUCCAUUGUUGGGCUUUUAGCAGGCCUCCUUGUGUUUAUUUCAACUACAGUGACUGCUAAAAAGGGUUAUGCUGGAGCUGGAAUGAAUCCAGCUAGGUGCUUUGGAGCUGCUAUUGUUAGAGGAGGCCCCCUUUGGAAUGGGCAUUGGAUCUUUUGGGUUGGGCCUGGACUUGCUUGUUUUGCUUUCUACUUCUAUACCAAGAUCAUUCCUACGAAUCAUUUUCAUGCUGAUGGAUAUAAGCAUGAUUUCUUAGCUUUAAUCGCGGCAUUGUUUCGAUCUGAGGUGUAAUGAUUUUUGCCAGUUCACAUGCUAGUUAUGUAGGAUUAUAAUGUAGGGAUUGUCUAUAAAUGAUUAAUAAUGACUGAAUUACUUUAAGGGCCUGCCUGACUCAAGACAACCUCAAAAGGAUUCUUAUCAACAUGCCAUCUAUGCUAUCAGACUUAUGAGACUGUGAAUCACCUAUUUUUGCACUGCCCAGUGACUGCUGCUGUCUGACACUUCUUUUUCUCUUGUUUGGCCUUAGUUGGAUUAUGCCUUCUUCUAUUAAAGAUGCUUUUGAAAGCUGGAUAUUAUGGAGAGUUGACAAGUCCAUCAAAAGGAUCUGGAGAAUGAUCUCAGCAGCCAUCUUCUGGUGUAUUUGGAAAGAAAGAAACAAUAGAUGCUUUGAUGGAAAAUCAACUCCUACCAGUUUUUUGAAAGGAAUCUGCUUAGUUAGUUUGUUUAGUUGGCAUUUUCAUACUCCUGUAAACAGUGUUGAUAACUUUUUGAAUUUUGUUGGCUCCUUGACUCUUAUUUAGCAGAGUUUCUAAGGUAGCAUAGGUCUAGACUGUUUGCACAGGUUUUUGCUCACCAAUCUAGCUUCAUGCAGCUUUAUGUUUGAAGCUUAGGUUUCUUUCUGUAACUUUGCAUCUACUAUCAGCCUUUUCUAAUGAAAUUUGUUUACUUUACCAAAAAAAAAAAAAAAAAACUUUAAGGGCAUUUCUACUUUUAAAAAGUUUAAUC